AUGGCAUGUCUAGAAAAUGAGUCAAGCUCGAGUCAAGUUUUACCCGAUACAAGUCCGAAUAAUUCGGCUCAUUUAUUAGCCCUAUUUGAAGGUCUCCAAUCUCAUGGAGAAAUGCAGCGAGGUGUGAAAGUGAAGUUUGAGAUAUCUCUUGCAGCACGUAUUGACAUCCCUACUAAAUGCUUGGAUUACGAGUAA